GGUAUGUGUGCAUGACAGAAAGCCCCACACCACUACCAUACCAGUACUUUUCUCAAAAACUUCGAUACAAAGUAGUUGGAAUUUGUAUUGAUCUUUGACUUUUGGCACCGAGGUGCCACCCUGUUCUGUGAUUUAAGAUGAGUGACGACCCCGACUCCUUCCCCGAGAGGGAAAUGAAGGAUUUUCAAUUCCGACAGAUGAAGAAAAUCCGCGUCUUCGACUCCCCAGAAGAUCUACCAAAAGACAGAUCCAAUUUGCUGGCAGUGUCAAACAAGUAUGGACUGACGUUCGUUGGGCUGGACCGAACACUCAAAGUGUUUUUUACAAAGGAUAUCAUUGAUGCCGUCAAGGAUGUGGGCAACCCAAAUGAAAUCGUGGAGGGGGUGAAGGCUCUGGAGGUGCUGGUGGAGCUGCCCCUGCACCACGUGGCUCUGAGCAGUGAUGAGCUCACUCUGUCGGCGUGCGGGAUGUCUGAGGAGGCGGGGCUCUCCAUGGCCUUCUACGACGUGCGCUCCUUCCUCAACAAGGCCAGGCCAGUGAAGGCUCCGUUCGCGUCUUUGCGGCCAGGCACUGGCGUGGGCACCCUGGUGCAGGACCUCAAGUGGAACCCGGUGCAGGCGUCCGUGCUGGCCACCUGCCUCUCGGACGGCAGCAUGAUGGUCCUGGAGGUGACCGGGGAGGUCAAGGUGUCGGCCCAGCUCCCCGCCGCUGUGGGCAUCACCUGCGUGUGCUGGAGCCCCAAAGGAAAGCAGGUGGCAGCUGGAAAGCAGGAUGCCACAGUCAUCCAGUACACACCAGCCCUGCAGGAGAAGAAGGUGAUCCCGUGUCCGAGUUUCUACAGCUCAGACAACCCUGUUAAAGUGCUGGACGUGUUGUGGCUGAGCACGUUCAACUUUGCGGUGGCGUACGCAGCGGCCGACGGAUCUCCAGAGACGCCCCCUGAGCUGGUGGUCGUGUCCCUGCCCAAAAAGGAUGAGAAGAGGGCAGAGAGGUAUCUGAACUUUAAUGACCUGGUGUACGGCACCUGCACGGAGAGGCAGCACCACUACUUCCUCUGCCACAUCGAGGACUGGGAACUUGUGCUGGCAGCGUCGGCAGCCUCCAUUGAGGUCAGCAUCAUCGCCAAGCAGGAGGACAAGCAGCCGCCUGUGACUAACUGGGAGUUGUGGGUGCUGGAGGAUGCCAGCAGGGCGGAGCUUCCCGUCACUGAGAACAGCGAUGACACACUGCCAUUGGGCGUCGCCAUCGACUACACCAGUCAGGAUGAGAUUCACAUUUCGGACGAUAAGAAGCUCCCUGCGGCCCCCACGCUGAUGAUUCUGUCGACGGACGGCGUGCUGUGUCCGUUCUCCAUGAUCAACAUCAACCCCGGCGCCAAGCAACUGGUCGCCCCGGCAACCAGCCUAGCCCUGGACGGGGAGAGGCCACCCAGCGCAGGCAUGUCUGCUGCAGCCCCACCCUCACAGAAAGCCCCCCCCAGCACCUUUCCACCCCUUCGUGCCCCCGUCAGCAGCUCUACCCCUCCCCCUCCUGCUCCAGCCCCCUCAUCUGCCCCAGCCCCAGCUCCUGCCCCUGCUCCUGCCCUUGCUCCUGCCCCUGCUCCUGCCCCUGCUCCUGGAGUCUCUUUUGGUUCGGCUCCUCCCCCAGCAGCCUCCUCCUUUGGUUCGGCUCCUCCCCCAGCCACCUCCUCCUUUGGUUCGGCCCCUCCUCCUGCCGCCUCCUCCUUUGGUUCGGCUCCGCCCCCAGUCACCUCCUCCUUCUCUCUGGGCUCAGCGGCGCCCUUCUCGUUCGCCGCGGCGGCCAAGCUGCUCCCGGCCGGACCCGCUGCCUCCGCCUUCUCCUUCAGCACUCCCCCUGUGGCCAAGCCCCCCCUGGUGGACCCCGGCGGUACUGCAGCGCUGGCGGCGCUGGCGUCCUCGGCCUCCCCUGCCCUGGUGCCAGGCCCCGCCCCACCCAGGCUGGGCACCGCCUCCCCCCUCACCAUCGCCAAGGAGCCCGCCACGCCCGCCGUCAGGCUCAACCUCAACGACAGGUUUCAAUCACUGGAGACCCCUGCUCCGUUCCCUUUCUCCUCCUCCACCCCCAAACCCAGACCCCCCCCUGACACCAGCGCCCCUGGAGCCCCCCCAUCAGCCACCAGCAAACCAGCUGCACCAGCAGCAGCAGCAGCAGCAGCAGUAGUGCGGCCAGUGCAAACCAGUACUCCAGCAGCACCUAAAGUGGUCCAGACUGCACCUCCUCAACCCCAGACCAGCACACCUGCACAGGCUGCAGUCUCGGUGAAGGCUCUGGAGAAACAGCAGCUGAAAGACUCAGACCCUGUAAUGGCGGGCAUCUUGGAGGAGAUUGCCCACUUCCAGAAGGAGCUGGACGAGCUGAAGGGCCGCAGCAGCAGGACUGACUUCAGGGUGGGCAGCGUGGAGGAGAUGAGGGAGCUCCGCACCGAGUCCCAGCACCUGCACGCCUUCACCCUGGAGAUCAAGGAGACCACCGAGUCUCUCCACGGAGAUAUCAGCACGCUGAAGACGACUCUGCUGGAGGGCUUUGCGGGGGCCGAGGACGCCAAGGCUCACUGUGAGCUCAACAACGACCCCAGCUACCUGCAGCUCCUCUACAAGAAGCCCCUCGACCCGCGCAGAGACGACCAGCUCAAGGAGAUCCGGCGGCUGUACCAGUACGUGAAGUUUGCGGUGGAGGAUGUGAACGCUGUCCUGGAUGUGGAGUGGGAGAAGCAUCUGGAGAACAGGAAGAAGCAGAAACACAUGGUGAUCCCUGAGCGCCACGUGCUGUUCAACGCGCUGGCCAACAACCUGGAGAUCAUCACGCAGCAGAAGCUGAAGCUGGACCAGCUGCUCCGAGACCUGCACAGCCUGCGCCUGUACAGCAAGACCUCCGCCUGGACCGCCCCCAGCCUCAGCUCUAGCGCCCCCUCUCACCAGAGUCUGGACAAAGAGCUGGAGGGGCUGAAGGAUGCUCUGCUCAAAGCCAGUCUGGAGACGUCCCCCAAGGCCACCUCCAAAUCUCCAGCCAAAAUGACUCCAGCUAAGCAAUCCCAGCUCAGGAAUUUCCUCUCGAAGCGCCAGACCCCGCACGUCAGGUCUACAGCUCCAGCCAGUCUGUCCCGCUCGGCCUUCCUGUCCCCCAAGUACUACGAGGACCUGGACGACGUGAGCUCCUCGUCCUCUCUGUCGCAGGCUCUGGAGGUGGAGGAGCCGGCGGCGGCGGUGGAGGAGGAGGAGGAGGAGGAGGAAGAGGAGGUGGCAGCUCCUCUCGCCCCGCUGCCCGUGGUGCCCCAAAUGAUGCCUCGCCACCCCGCCGUGGUGCGCACGCCCUCCAUCCAGCCCGGCUUCAGCCUGACCAUCCCGACCAAUAGUAUCAACCUGGGUGGACCCGAGAGCACGGCGCUGGCCAAUAGGAGCACGGCUCUGGCCUCGAAGACCGUGAAGCACGGAGCCCCGCCCACCGAGAAGGCCACACCCACCACCCUCCCCGCCCAGCAGGCCGCCGCCAACGCCGCCCUCCGCAGACAGAUGGCCAAUCAGAAGCCUGUGGGCACGUCCCUGACGGAGUCGACGCUGAAGACGGUGCCGCAGGUGGUGAACGUGCAGGAGCUGCAGGACAAGGGCCCCCCCAUGCCCAUCUCCACGGUGAUCAGUUCAUCUGUUCCUGCCCCAGCAGCCCAGGUAGUCCAGCAGGUGUUGGCGACGGUUGCUACUAACCAGGCUAAACGGGGCCCAGUGAAGGUGACCCCAGCUCCGCCUGAAGGACCCGCGCCAGCCCAGACCGGCUUUGUGUUCGGUGCGGUGACCAAAGCAGACGUUCCUGCGGCCACUGCAGCGUCCAGUGCGUCUACAGCAGGAGAACAGAGCAGCAAGACCUUCAGCUUCUCAGGGCCAGCCGCAGCUUUCUCCUUCGCCCCCCUCAAUGCCAGCUCAGCGCCACAGGUGACAGUGAAAGAUGCUGGGUUGCCCAAGUUCAACUUCGGCAGCAGCAGCAAGCUGUUUGGGAGUGCUGCUGACUUCUCCCCCAAAUGCACCUCCCCUGCUCUAGGGGGCAGCACCAACUCGCCCACUCCUCCCCCCGCGGUGUCGGGGGAGCCGGUGAAGCUGACGUCGGCCGCGCCCGCACUGAGAGGCGAACCGCAGGCGCCCAAACCGGCCGCGGUGGCAGCGGGCGGCGGGGAGACGCUGGGCAGCUUCUCGUGCCUGCGGGUGGGCCAGGGCGACGAGGAUGCCAAGGAGCCGCUCAAGAGCUUCGGCUUCGGCCAGCCGGCCAACGGGAAGGGCAACGGCGGCUUCGGCGUGGCGCAGUUCAGCUUCGGGAAGCCGGCGGAGACGGCGGGUAGCGUCCAGGAGGAAGUGACCGCUGCCCCCUCUUCCUCCUCCUCCUCCUCCUCCUCCUCCUCCGCGGUGGCAGCGUCCAGCGUUAGCGUCUUCAGGCCUCCAGAGUCCACUCCUGCGGCCGCCUCCAAGCCGGCCUUCUCCGUGACGCACCCCAACACCUUCAGCCUGCUGACCACGCCCCUGCCCCUCGACGCCUCGGCAGGGCCCAGCGAGGGCUCCGCGCCCUCUGACCCCAGCCCACCUAUGGAGGCCCCGCAGGCCCAAACUGCCCCGAGCAUCGUGCCCAUCAGCCCCUCUCCGCCCCUGUCUUUGGAGGGCCGGGUGACCCCAGCAGCAGCAGUGGCCGCAGACAAGCCCCCCACCCCCCCCUCCCCUGCCCUGGUGCUCUCUCCCACGCCCCCCUCCCCUGCUCUGGUGGUGUCUCCCACCCCCCCUCCCUCGUCCCUCAUCUCCCCGGCGGAGACCACCCCCACCCCCACCCCCACCCCAGAGCCUGCUGCCUCCGCUGGGGCAGUUCCCCCUGAGCCUGCCUCCACCCCGACCCCAGCUCCUGCCCCUGAGGCUGCUCCAGCUGCCCCCCCUGCUGCCGCCCCGUCCUCCAGCACCCCCACCCCCCAGGAGCCCCCCCCCUCGGACAGACCCGGCUCCAUCUUCGGCCAGCCUCCACCCUACGUAGCGGCGGUGGCAGCAGCAGCAGCAGCAGCGGCGGGGGCUCCUACACCCCCCCCAGCCACCGACAUCAGCACCACCCUGGGCCUGUCCAGCCUCAGCACGGUCAUCAGCACGGCUGCCCCCCCCACCGCCCCCACCCCGACCCCCCCGGCCGCUACACCCGCCCCCGUCACCCCAGUGUUCGGCCAGCCGCCUAACCCCCCCACCAGCGCCCUCGCUAGUGCUCCUGCCCCUGCUGCCCCCGCCACGGGCUUCGCUGUGCCCCCCCCGACAGGAUUCGGAGCCCCUGCCCCCCCCUUGUCCACCCCCGCGGCUCCCGCGGCUCCUGCGGCUCCUGCGGCGGAGUCCUGUGCUGCGGCGGCGCCCCCUGCAGGCUUCGGUAAGCCGGUGUUCGGGCAGGUGGGAGCGUUCGGGCAGCCGGCCGCGUCCACGGCGGCAGCGCCAGGCUCCGCCAGCAGCUUCAGCUUCGGCCAGUCCAGCUUUGGCGCCGCCGCGGCCCCCCCCACAGGCUUCGGCCAGCCCGCCGCGCCCAGCGCCCCCCCCGCGGUGCCCCCCCCCUCGUCCUCCUCCGGCGCGGGCGGUCUGUUCGGCGCCUCCUCCUCGGCUGCCGGCAGCGCCAGCUCCUUCUCCUUCGGCAGCAGCGCGGCGGGGGCAGUGCCCAGCACGGGCACAGCAGGAGGAGCAGGAGGAGGAGCAGGAGGAGCAGGAGGAGGAGGAGGAGGAGGGUCGCUGUUCGGGCAGAGCGGCACGCCAGCCUUCGGCCAGCAGAGCGCCGGGUUCGGACAGGGCUCCGUGUUCGGCAGCAACACCACCACCACCUCCUCCACCGGAUUCAGCUUCGGACAGCCCUCUGCGUUUGGCAGCACCCCCACGUCCUCGGUGUUUGGACAGCAGCCCAGCGGUGGAGGCAUAUUCGGACAGGCUCCAUCGGGCGGCGGUGUGUUUGGCUCUGCUGCGGGGGGGGCAGUGCAGGGCAUGUUCAGUGGGCUGGGGGGCAAACCCAGUGAAGACGCCGCCAACAAGAACCCCUUCGGCGCCACCACCGGGGGGACGGGCUUCGGCCAGCCCAGCCAAGCAGGCUCCAGCGGUCUGUUUGGGAACAGCGGUGCCAAGAACUUCAGUUUCGGGGGCGCGGCCUUUGGGGAGCAGAAGCCCAGCGGAACCUUCAGCACGGGAGCAGGAAGUGUCGCUACGCAGGGCUUUGGGUCGUUUGGGAACUCUCCCACUAAACCAGGUGGUUUCGGCAGUGCUCCGGUGUUUGGUAGUCCGCCUGCGUUCGGCGGCGCCCCGGCGUUUGGGGCAGGAGCGGCGUUUGGGUCGAGCCCCUCCUUCAACUCCCCCAUGGUCCCCAGCGCAGGCAAGGUGUUCGGGGAGGGCACCGCCGCCGCCAACAUGGGAGGAUUCGGGUUUGCGUCUCCUCAGAACACGCCCACCUUUGGCAGUAUAGCCAAUCAGAGUGCUCCAUCCUUCGGGAAUCUGGCCCAGCAGCAGAAUCCUGGGUUUGGGUCGACGGGAGGAUUUGGGUCACCUGCUGGAUUCGGAGGUGGUGGUGGAGGAUUUACUGGAGGUUUUGGAAACACCAAUCAGCAACCCCCAAGAUGGUCUGGACUGCGCUGACUUGAGUUUCACUCACUCCCCUUUGAUGAUGCUGAUGUCAACAUUUUGUUUUUCUUGAUUUAUUUUUUGCUUUGUUCUUGUCUUGUUUGAAUCCAUCAUGGCAUUGUUUUAAAAGAUGCUGUAUUUUUUAGAAGCCCAUUAAGCCUUCCUGGCAGGAAUGGAUCAAUAAAAGGCAAACGUGUUGUAAAAGUG